AUGAACAAUACAGACAAUACAGUGAUUCAGUUGCUUCAAGGAAUACAAGCUGCACUUAUUUCCCUAAAGAGUGGUCAAGAAGCAUUGCUAGGCCGUCAAGAAGCAUUAGAAAAAAGACAAGAUGUGAUGCAACUUCAAAGGACAAGUUUUUACAAUGAAUUUAAAGAUUGGGAAUUUACAGAUAGAACUAUUGUAACCUCUACCAGUACUGUUACUGGCAUCAUUCCAAGACCCGUAUCAAAAAUCAACGAUAUAACUUUAAAGCAUAUAUACAAGAUGAUAACAGACAAUCUUGGAAUAGAAUUGACCAAGAAAACCAAGAGAAUUGUUAACACAUGUACCAAGGUCAUAUGUGAUCAACUGGCAGCUCUUCCAUCUGUUCAGGAUCUUGGAACAAACCCUGGCUGGUCAUUGCUUCCUCAAGAGGAUAAAAACAGGCUGUGUAUCAAUCAUUCCAUCAUACUCAGAGACAAUGGAAUCGAUUUUACCAGAUGCCACAGAAACUGGGCAUCAAUUGCAAGGGUUAGCCAGCUCUGGAGAGGGCGUAAGAAGCGAGAAUACUCUGGUGGUAUUUUAGGUGGUCUUUUGGGUGGCAGUUUUGGUAAAACCAGCAAAAAGACCAUCCCUAUUUUUGGAAAUAUAAUUAGAUCUCCGUUGACUGAUGGAUGUUAG